AAAUGGAACAUCGCUGGAAGAGAUGGUCAUUGCUUGAGAUAAAUAACGGCGGUGUUUGUGUCAAGUUUCGGGGCUGUGAUGUUAUUGGUGUUGCCGUACAUUGCGGUCAUGAGGUGUUCUUAGUACGGAUGUACAAAAAAGCAACCUCUUAAGACACUAAGGCAUAGUAUAACGGCAGGUGGUGGUGGGUUUUUACACUACGUUCUGAGCACUUGUGUGACCAGCUCCUCUCCAUCAUAAAAGCGACAUUGUCGACCUCAGGGAGAUGUCGUGCACGAUGGAGGCUCUGCUGCCAAACCUCAAGGUGAGGCAAGAUGGUUGCAGUGGGCACGUUGCCUGACAACGGCACAAUGGCGGACGACUCAAGCAGCUUGGGCGUGGGGGUGUUCGGCGUCCUUCUCACCAUAUGGAUCAUCGUCUGCAACUCCGCCCUCAUCAUCAGCAUCCUCAUGGACGACAUCAGACGUCGCAGCAUCUUCUGCCUCCACAUCGUCAACCUGGCAGUUGCUGACCUUCUUGUGGGUGUAGUGGUGGUCCCCAUCAUGGCGGACUACCUACUGGGAGGCUCGUGGGACCUAGGUGAAGACGUGUGCCAGUUCUGGCUCAUCUCCGACGUACUGCUCUGCACUGUGUCUAUAAUCGCUCUGGUUAUGAUCAGCUGUGACCGCUUCAUGUAUCUCACCUGUCCUCGGAUGUUCCUGGAAAACAGUCGAUACAUCCUGUGUUGCCUCAUGAUCAUGUUGCCAUGGAUUAUCGGCAUGGCGCUCGUCCUGCCGCUAUGGAUCAUGGGUAAAAGGGAAAUAAUCAACCCAGAGAACGAUUGCAUGCUGCUUCUGAGACAAGAUUAUAAAAUAUCGUCGUUGUUUGUCAGUUUCUUUGUGCCGGCGUUUUUGGCAAUUGGAGUCAACAUUGCCAUUCUCCUGAUGCUGUUUGUGUUGAGGCACAGACUAGAUGAUCUCCCCCUCAAGAGGAAGAACGAGAACCCGAAAAGACAGAUCUUCUGUGUGUGUAUCGUCAGCGUGGUCUUCACAGUAAUGUGGGCUCCAUUCUUUGUGGUCUCUCUUCUAAUGGCGGUAGCGGAGUAUCACCCCCCUCGGGCCAUCAUCACAUUCACUAUCUGGAUGGGGUACUGUAACUCGGGGAUCAACCCCCUUCUGUGGCUGGUGUUUCCCCCAAUACGGGAGGGGUACAAGGCGUUGCUGUGCUGUUGCAGACAGAAGGAAGAGGAGGAGGAGGACGAUUCAGACGAGGCUGAUGAGGAUGAGGCGAGAAGGUCCAUGAUGGAUGAUAACGAUGAGGUGUUUGAGCUGAAGGAUACAGAGACAUGAUCAUCUAGUCAGGGGCGAUAGUAGCGCCCUCUACGCGUCCCAGAGUAUAUGGCCAGGGCUUCUUCGUCCGUAUUGUGUUUCUAGGUUUGUCAGAUGAAUUUCUUGGUCGUGGAUUUCACCAAAGAUGAACGUGUUAGACGUGUGUCACUUCGGACUUCCAUCGAGCUUCGAGCCUCAAUGCCUGGAUAUAACAGUCGGAAGCGGCGUCAAGCCAAAGUCACUCGCUCUCUCGAACAUUCUGUGGGUAAAGGAUGACAUGUUCCUGUUUCUUCGAAACUAGAGUCUCCGGAACUGUUGACUGAUACUCAUUUAGUUAUGAUGUGUGAACGAAGCAGGAUGGCAACAGGAUACAGCCAGGUCCGUUGCUGAAGUACAAGAGUGCCAAAGCACUCGCAAACGGUUCAAACACGUUGAAGUGCGGCAGUCGUUCGGAACUUAGAAUAUCAUUUGGUGACAGGAAAGUGUUGAUAAUGCCCUGCUUGUACGUUACUAGGAACCUUGAACUCUCUUGGCUCCAAUCAACCUUGAAUCGGUGUGGGAAAGGGAGUGUAGUGGAGGAGACAGUGUGGAAUACACAGUUUAUUGUGUCCGGCAACCAGUCCUUGUAUUUGACUAGGAACCUUGAAUUCCCUUGGCUCCAAAUCAACCUUGAAUCUGUGUAUAAAGACAGUGUAACUUUAUUUGUUGGAUGACGUGUCGUAUAUCACCCGACUAGAAACCACUGGUUUGGCAGUAUUGCUCCUGAACGUGUGUGUGUGGAUAGAGAUUAUGGAGAAGCCAAGAUGGUUCUACCAGUAUGGAUAUGCCCAGUACAAUGGCGGAUCCGGGAAAGUGUGAGUUCGGCUCCCUAGGAACCAUAUAAAGGUCCGAAUGAUAUAAACACGAGUAUUUUUAUAUGAUUGAAAUACACAUGUGCGUUCCAAAAUUGUGUUACUCCUUGCAGUUUAGAAAUAGAGAAUCUCACCUGAGUGGCUGUUUAUGUCAACAUUUGUUUGUUUAACACUGAACAGUUACUGUUCGGCAAUCAUCAGUGAUAUCUAUCUUUGUCAUUUAUAAAUUUGACUUGUUCUUCACACAUUUAUCGACGAGUGAUAUGUUGCAAAAGAUACGAAGGGACGAUUCUGUAAAUAUGUCCAAUCCAAUGCCUUGCGUGUAAAGAGAACAGUUGUUCAGCUUUAGUGGCAGAGAGAUUUUGUCAUUUGAUUGUGCCAGCAUAGUAACCAAUGACGUCACAAUGAUAAGUAAAGCAUUAUCACGUCCAUCAAGAUCCCUGUUCUGUUCUGUUAUUGUUUUGUGUCUUAUUGUUAUAUAUACUUGUGUUUUUCUAUGUUCCAACUGUAACAUACCCCAGCCGACCCCCUAUCUCCCAGGACCCUCUUCCCCUACCCAUAGUAAAAUAUAUCAAUAAACACACACACAUAAAAUACAAUUACCACACUCCCCUUAUCAUACAUAUUGUUGAUUCAUCAUGGCAAUUCAUGAGCAAAUCAAUAGAGUUACCUCCCCUCAACAGAACAGCAACGUUUCAAUAUUGGACUUCCGCGCCCGUCCCUCGGUUUCAUAAACGAGAUUAGAAUGUUGGUAUUGCAAGUCUGAAUGUAAUUAACGCCGAGAUAGUAACGUACUCCGUUGUGUGGCACUAGUGCAUAAUUUGACAACAUGAAACUACGUGAUUUAAUACUGGAAACAGGAGCUUAUUUAGCCCAGACAUACAUAGUUGAGACGGAGGCGCGUGAUGACACUCUUGGUGGACCAACAAACAGAUUUAGAGUGUACACGAGUACACUUGCAUUCAGUUCGGCUCAGAGCAGCCGUAUCCACAACGACAGACAUAAAGGAAACAGUUCCAUAUAAAAAACAUUCGGGAAUCUCGGCUCUGUAAUAGUAAUGCAUAUGCAUAGAAACUUAAACUUUCAGGUAUUUUUGUGAUAUUUUUAUAAUCAGUUCUUAGUUAAAUUUGCCGUGUAUGUAUUCUCAUGACUUAAUUAAAACCGUUUGUGUUCUGCUUGGUGUUAAGACGCCCUUUUGUAGUAAGGAAACACUUUGAAUACAAUGUAAGUUAUUUCUUAACGAAACUGGCAUACGGUGACAGUUUUAGCUAAUGCCCAAUUAGAUCGUGGGUAAAAUCUGAGGGUACCACAGGUCUGGCGACCAAUCCUCUACGUAUGGUGGCAACCACACCUCGACAGACUGAUACAUCUGUGUCUUCACAUAGUAUGUACGUUUGUCUAUCUCUACUCUCGCGCAUAGUUACCCCUACACCCACUACCGCAGAACAACCCCUAGUAGCCCCUCCAACGCGCAUACAGUCCUCUAGCAGCAUCUCUCACGUGCAUUCAAUCCCCUGGUAGCCCGUCACUUGUCCCUCGCCUACCCUGGUAGCCUCCCUUCAGCCUCAGGCAAACCAACCUCGUGUACCCUAUUCUCGUGCAUUCAGCUCUCUCUCAGCCCCUUCAUCGUACAUCGCAUGCCCAGGGAGCCCACCCUCCAGUUUGUUUCCUGUCACGAAAGACAUCGGACAGCUGAACAAGUACUCUCUGUCUUUAUCGCCAGUAUUUACCUGAUUUUGAUAAUAAAGUCUUGAAUAUC